AUGUUCCGCCAAGUCAGUUCAGCUUGUGCCCUCCUGGGUCUGAUUCUCGGUGCUUCUGCCACCAAGGCCACUGGCCCUGGCCCCGAGGCUUGCGGCAACUUGACGCAGCUGCUUGGGUCAAAGACGGUCGUGUCUAACACCCUGAGCAUCAACUACAUCGACUCGACCCAAUCCUACUACAACACCGAGCAGAGCAAGUACAAGCCCUCAUGCAUAGUCUACCCCGUCUCCACCGACGAUGUCUCUAUCGCAAUCAAGGCAAUCCGACGUUCCGAUUCCCGCUUCGCUAUUAAGGCCGGCGGCCACAACCCUAACGAUUUCUACUCUUCCGUCGAUAAAGGCGUGCUGAUCGACCUGUCUCGCAUGGCUGAGCGGUUCUACGACGAAGAGUCGACCCUCGCAACCUACCAGCCCGGCGGCGACUUUGGCGAUAUCUAUGAUUACUUUUCUCAGUGGAACCGCACCGUCGUCGGCGCCCGUCUCGCCGGCGUCGGAACCGGCCUCGCCCUUUCUGGCGGCCUCUCCUACCUCUCCAGCCAGUACGGCCUCGCCUGUGACUCCUUCCGCGAGCUCGAGGUCGUCCUCCCGUCCGGCGAGAUUGUCACAGCGUCCGAGUCGACGAAUCCAGAUCUGUUCUACGGCCUGCGCGGCGGUGGCGGCAACGCCUACGGCGUCGUCACCAAGUACACCGUGCAGUCAUACCCGGCCAACACCUUCUACGCUGGCAACAUCAUCUACCUCUUCCAGCAGAACACCGCCGUGCUGGACGCGAUUACCAACUUCAUCCAGUACAACGACGAUCCCAAAGCCGCCAUCAUCGGGACCUACGAGAAACUGCCCACGCCAGGGUUCGAGCACAACCUCGACGAGGCAAUCAUCAUGUUCCUGGUGUAUGAUGGCCCAGACGCAGGCGACGUCUUCAAGAACUUCACCGACAUCCCGCACCUGGCCAAUACCCUCAAGCAAACUGACUACAACGGGGUCGUGAACCUGCCAAUCCCGGGCAGCGCCGAACUCAUCAAGGGCCGGAAUACCUUCCGCGUGUCGGUCCACAGUGGCGAUGAGAAGGGCAAAGAAAGCCUCAACAAGCUGUACGAGAAAUGGGUCGCCUGGGGCAACGAGAACAAGGGCAAGUACCUCCUGACCUCGAUGGACAUCCAGCCGAUUCCGAGAUCGCUCACCGACGCAUCAAAUUCCAACUUUGGCGGUAACGCCAUGCAGAUGCCUGAUGGGCCAUGGUUCUGGGUGAAUUUCCUCCUGACGGCGUCGUCACUGCUGAGCGAGGAGGAACUCGAGGAGGCGAAUCAGAGCUACAAGGAGAUGGUCGAGUCGGUGCCCCCAACAGAGGGCUUGCCGCUGUUCCUGAAUGAUGCGAGCCACGAUCAGGAUCCGCUGACCACUUUUGCUGGUUAUCAGAAGCUCAAGGAGAUCAAGGCGAAGUACGAUCCCGAUGGGUUCUUCAAAACAGCUGUUUCUCUGAGUCGGUUCCCAACCUGCGAUACACUCUGGACCGCGUACUCGGUUACUAUGACAUCUCAGCGCACCAUGUCGCUCUACCGCACUCUGCUUUAUCUCCUCUCCCUUUCAGCUGGAUCUCGCGCAAUAGAACAGGAUGAACUUCAAGAUUUCGGUAGAUAUUCUUCAGAUGUUUCGCGCAUCCUACUCACGAAGACGGUCUCUUACACUGGACCUGAAAGUGCGCCGAUACCAACAACAUAUGGUAACCUUGUUGACACCUCCCAAAGAAUCAGAAGUAACAAUCAUUCAGACAGAACCGAUGCCUUCUCCGGUCCGCCGCAACGCAAGCUUUCGUGCCCACCACAGCGGAAGCAAUGCGGCGACACCUGCAUCCCUUCAACGCAAGACUGCUGCGCGGCCUCCGAGCACUGUCUUCCAGGGGAUUACUGCUAUCGCCACUCCGGCUCCGUCCGCUGUUGUCCAGAAGGUCUAGCCUGUUUCCAAAUCAGCGGGGAUGUAUGCUUUCAGCAGACUGUCGUGUGGUAUGAGGAGAUUCAUAUUAUCGAUUUGAACGAGGAAGAAAUCAUCACAUCAUGGGAUAUAGUAGAGUCAGUAUACCGUACAAGCUCAAGGAUUACCAUCACAGCUUCAUAUCCUAGCGAGGGUCGAGCGUCUUUCACGAGUCUCAGUGAGGGUAUAGUUGAAGCGGCCGCGACACCAGUGACUUUGGCUCUGGACGAGAUUCCCACGAGGACAGUGGCAUUAGGUGCCCAUACAACGGAGGCGAUGCUGUCUGAUCCUUGGUCUGGAGUGCAUGGAUCAUUGAUCUGGGGAAGCCCCAGUUCUUCCCAUACGUGGCUGGAGCUGAUCUCCGACAUCGAAUUCACCCCCGUUCCUCUGGAAGAUGAGAAUGGCCGCAAGGAACCCCACGAGCCGAAGCGACGUGUAUAUGGCCGGGUUGUGAUCCGGACGCCAAACUCUUCCCGCUUCGCCAACCACAUUCACAGUCGGAUUGUGCAGAACUUCCCGUUCUUGGUGGAACUGUUCUACUGGGUCCUGAACUACGCCUUCUAUUCUUGCACCAAGGCCAUUUCGCACGCUCUAUCUCCGGCUGGAACGGACGUUGUGCAGCUCGCUCAGGACCAUGGGAUUGCUAUUCUCGACUUGGAGCACCGUUCGAUCUUCAGCAUCUUCUUCCCGAUCGGGGAGUCGGACUUCCAGGCAUACUUUCCAAAUGGACACCCCGGGUGGAUGACCUUUAAUCGCACCUACUCGCUGGUGCAUAUUCCAGGGACUGUUGUCUUCCUUUCGUGGUGGUAUUGGGCUGCCCCCGACCAUGAGCGAUUCGCAAUCGCCCGCCGCACGAUGACGCUCGGAAACUUUGUCGCAUUCGUGGUCUUCUGCUUCUUCCCUUGCAUGCCACCCUGUCUGCUGCCCGAGUCUUUCAACUUCCACAACACCGUGCGCCAGGGGAACGCUGAAAGCGUGUGA